UCUGCUAGGGAGGAUGAAGUUGCAAGUGAUCGUGUGUCUAAGAUGGACGCCCGACCACCAGCUAGCCAGUCUGGAGAUGUUAACAAUACUACGUUAUCCAAGUUUUUGGAGGCUUGGGCUGCACUUCAGGAGGAUGUGAAUAAACUUAAGAGUGACAGAGGUGCCAGGGCAAGUGUUGGUUCUGAGCCUGGCACAUCAGGCAUCAGAUCUGGGCCAGCACAGGACUUAGGGGGUACUCAUGAGAUUUCUGCCUCCCCUCCCCCUUCUUCCUCUGGUGCAUUUUCUGGCUUUAGGUCACAAGAAAUGAGUGCUGAAGAAGGUGAGAUCGAAGAUGAAGCUCCUUCGGGCAGUAUUCUGUUACAAGCAGCUAAGGCCUAUGUGCCUAUGGAUGACUGUUCUGAAGCUAUUGAAGAACCGAUUGCUGCAAUGGUGAAUCACUGGUUUUCUCAUGGUUGGAAAGAGGAAGACCAUAAGGAGAUUUUGGCAGAUGAGGCUUCUAAACGUCCUAGAAACUGUAAGGCACUUAUCCCAGUCGAGUGCAACUCACAAGUGCUGGAUGCCCUACCCACUGAGGCAAAGAAAGCUGAUUUCCGACUGAAGGAAAUUGGUAAGGAUAUUACUAAGGCUGCCACUAUUAUGGUUAAAUCACUUACUGUUCUGGACAAGUUUGCCAAUGAGGAGCAGAAUCAGGUUAUUGGUCAUGAGGUGGCUAUGCUUAAUGGUGCCUUGGGGUUGUUAGGGCAUGCAAACUUUAAACUGAAUAUGAAUAGACGGUUUUUCCUCAAACGAGAGAUAAACCAAAAGUCUGCGCACUUAUGCACUGAUAAGACUCCUGCGACUGGCUUACUGUUUGGGGAUGAUCUUACUCAAGCUACCAAACAGAUUGAGGAGGCCGAAAGGCUGAAGAACAAGUUUACCCACAAGAAGACUUCCCAUUUUGGAGCUCCAGGUCUUGGGAAGUUAAGUGGUGGUAAGCAACGUUGUUUCUUUGGGAAGCCAGCUUUCCGGGGUAUGUCUACCCGGUUUAAACCUUACGGCUUACACAAACCUGCCACCAGAGGGGACGGCCGCCCUUCUUAUCACAGAGGGAACUCCUCUUCAAAAAACCCAAGGGGCCGGGGACACUACAAUCCCCGGCAGUAAUUCAGGUGUCUACAGAAAAUGAGGGAGGAGAGAGCCAAGGGGUGGAUGGUUGUUCCAAUGUGGAAUUCCCAACCUUGGAUGGGCCCUCUUCUGCAAAUGUUGAUCAAGGCCCCCAGGCUCAUCACUCAGAAAACAAAUGUACU